AACGUGUUCUCGCAGAUCGCGUAUAAAAAUUGGCAGUGGGUUUUAUUUGUUUUCUGAUAUCAAUUAUCACAUCCGCUGCAAUCUAUCUCUUCAUCUUGAUCUUUCACUUUGGCGUGGGCAUGAAUACUAGUCCUGCAUCACAUCAUACCAAUAGACUCAAACGUCGACAAAACAUCAGCCACGAGGAGUACCCGUUGGUACCACCACAUCUAAUGAAGGAGUUGCAAGCGACCUCAGCGAAAGCCCUCGACAAGUGCAGGGCGGCAGUGGCAGAAGCGCAGAAGAAGGUACUUACUGUCAGACAGUGCAUUCUCAUUUUGUCAUGCGGUUCUCGGUUUCGCUUUGGACGACACACAAGCUCCGCGCAAGUAGAACGUACCUACUGCAUCACAAUCACAACCGAAACUCCAUUCGAAAUCAUCAGGUUGAUUCGCACAAGACGGGGGACAGUCAUAUCUCGUUUGCGGAUGACAAGGAGAUGCACGCGAUACGACCGCUUUCACCGGAGAAGGGUGUGUAUGUGUAGUAGAGAGGUGAGAACUACUCCUGCGCAUCUUUAAGGAGGGAACGAGCGCAAGGAAAGAAGCAGAAAUAAAGUAAAUUAUUUGAGCUUGAUUUUGAUGUAGCGCUCGUCUGAUGUAUGUACCACACGACUGUACCGAAAUUGAUAAUGCUUACUUCUUCUAGUUUUAGUUAGACGCCUGUACAAUGAAAUUAAGUCGGUCCAGAACCUUGUAGUUUAUGUAUAAAAAAUAGCUACUUCCCGUAGUCGAAUUCAUUCGAAGAAUUUGAGUUUCGCUAUCUCUAUGUAUGCUACUACAACUGUAAAAAGAAAAGACCACAAUUUGACAAUUGAUUGAACAGAAAAUAUAGCAGCGAGUUUAGACAACGAAAGAAGUGCAAUUCAAACAAUUCUUUACCUUUAUUUGAGUUUAUGACGAUUUCACCGAAAGUAGAACAAGAAGUUGAGAUUUCUCAACACCUCGAAAACAAUUUUUCACUAUUCAAACAAUGGGGACAUGUUGGCGUGUGAGGAAAAUGGUGUGUGGAGGAGGCCGAGGCCCCAGUUGACAAAUAAAUAGCUUGAAAAUGCUUUACUUUGUAAGCUCGACCCAAAUGUUGACCUUCAUCUCCGGUAAAAACGAAAGUUGAAAGCUAGAGCAAGGGAC